AUAUACAUAUAUACACAAACAAAUAGCCCCAAUUCAGCAAAUUCUAGGGUUUUGAUUCUCCUAAUCGCCGGCGCCGAUUGCCGUCAACCUUCAAAUCGCUGAUCAUCAUCUAUUUUUAGCAGUUAUAGUCGGUUGACGAUUCACCUGUCCAGAUGAGGGUGAAAAAGCAGAAGCGGCAUAGGAGAGCUGUGAGGUUUUACACGGCUUGUUUUGGGUUUAGAGAGCCUUUUAAAAUCUUCUGUGAUGGAACAUUUGUGCAUCAUCUUGUUGUUAAUCGCAUUACACCUGCUGAUACUGCAUUGACAAAUAUUCUAGGUGCCCCAGUUAAACUAUUCACCACAAGAUGCGUUCUUGCGGAGUUGAAGAGUCUUGGUGGUAACUAUCAGGAAUCACUGAAUGCAGCUAAUAACCUUUUUACUGCACGAUGUGACCAUGAGACACGCAAAAGUGCUGAAGAUUGCAUAACUGAAGUUAUUGGGGAGAACAAUCCUGAACACUUUUUUGUUGCUACUCAAGAUGCAGAUAUGCGUAGAAGUCUUCAGAAGAUACCUGGUGUGCCCCUAAUUUUUGCUCUUAGGAAUGCAUUAUUUCUCGAACAACCAUCAUCAUUUCAACGUGAGUUUGCCAAAUCUGCUGAAGAAAAACGUCUUCACAUGACUGACCUGGAGUACAACAUGCUUAGACAGGGGAAAAAGAGGAAACUGUCCGAUGUCAAACAAGGGGAUUCUUCCAAUGCAUCAGAGGGAGAGACAGAUGAUGUUUCACAGGCUCAGAUUAUCAAUACAAAUCUUCAGAGGAAUGGAAGUGAUGUCAAGGAUAAAGUUCGUUUCAAGAGAAAGAAAGCUAAGGGUCCAAAUCCACUCUCUGUGAAGAAGAAGAAGAAGAAGCCUGUGGAUACAAUCACGACCUUGGGAAAGUUCCAAGUGCAGGAAAACAAGAAUGGUGAGGGAACUGUGAGAAGCAGGAAGAGAUCAAGGAAGAGGUCACGCAAAAAUGUCGUAGUAGGAAAUGCUUAGUGUUGAAGCCAUCCACCCCGGCUGUGAUAUCAGGAGGAAUUUUGAUAUCAAGCAUAGUACAAUCUUAUAUUUAUCAAAGGAAGAGUCUAUUGCUAAUUUUUGAUCAAUUUUGAAUUUUCCAUGAAUUUUGCCCUUAUGAUAACACUAGAAAAAGGUGCCCGUGCUAGUAUGGGCCCAAUAUCUACUUAUUUUUUAGUUUUAAUUAAUGCGAUAUAGAUAGAAUUAGAAAGUUGAUUAAAUCUUAAUAUGAUUUUUAAAUUUUUUAAGUUGUUAAUUACUUUUUCUUUGAUAAUGUGAAGAGGCCCAUUAAGAUGUCCA